AUGUCAGAACAAGUUGGAAGAAAAAAGUCCUAUAGAUGGGCCAGUGCAUCACAAACUUCUUAUAAUGGUGACGAUUGGAACAGUAGUGGUGACGAAGAGGAUAAAGGAAGUUCCAUUGCUAGCGAAUUACAAAGCUCGCAAAACAGUUUACCAGUGCUUCCCAAAUUAAAUUAUACGCAGAAAGAAAAUGAGGCUGAAAAAGAUGUGAAUGUUGAUGAGCAAGAUUCAAGUAACAUAAGCAAAGAUGCUAAUCUAUCGGUUUCAUCCAGUGCAACUAAUUUAAAUGCAUCUCCAUCGCUGAUGAAAAGAAAUCAAAGUAAAUCGGUGAAUGCCGAUCUAGAUAGUUUAAUGGUACAAAUAUCUAAAGAAAUGACGCCAAUAAUUCCACAAACUGAAGAGUUUCAAGAUGUUCCUGACGUAAGUUCUUCUGAUGAAGAAGAAGGGGAUCACAUCCCAAAAGAAUAUUUUUUAAAGAGUAUAUCUACCAAUACAGUGGAGGGUUUUGAUGAAGAGGAAGAUGAAAAUAAAAACAAAAAUGAAGAUGAGGAUAAGGAUGAGGAUAAAGAUGAGGAUAAAGAUGAGGAGACUGAACGUAAUUUUACCGUUGAAGAACAUGUGGAGGGGAACAAAGAGGAGUUGGUUAUCAUAUCAGAUGAGUUACAAGGUGAAGAUGGUGACAGAAGAAGUAUUGACCUUGAUACCAUGGGCAGCAAUAGUGAUGAAGAGUAUACAGUUUCAAAAUCAGGAUAUUAUUAUAAGAUGCUAGAAUCUGAAAAGGAAAUUGAAAAAGACUUUGAAGUAAUCAACACACCAUUAGAGGAAUCCGAAAUAAUAGAUACAGCAACAACAAAAUCUGAGGUAAUAGAAUCAAUAUCUACCUCUGAAGUUAGCUUAGAUGACAAAAAGGAAGAAAAUAAUAAUGAAGACAAAGGUUUUAAAAGGGAUGUUAAGAAUUUUGAAGAUACUGAUACUGAUGAACUUUCUUUUACAGAAUCAAUAACAGGGUCUCCUAGUUUGAAUGCUAUUGAAAAGACUAAUACUUCUAAAAGCACUGAUGAUAAUGAUGAAAAAAUAUCUUUGCAGAAUGAAAAUAAAUCUGAGAUUGGAAGUAUCAAUUAUGAUACCAUUAAUGUUAACACAUCAGUUGAAGAUGCUAAUACCAGCGAUCAAACCACUGCUAAAGACACUAAGGAUAUUUCAUCAAUAAAUUCAAAGAAUUCAGACGACAAUUCAGAUGACUCAAUGAACAAAGAACCAUGGAGACCAGAUACAGAUGCUUUCCGAUCAGGAUUUGUUCAAGAGACAAAUGCACAAAAAAUUCCAGAAGGUUAUGUGAUGGAUGAGAAUGGUGAGUUAGUUGAUUUAAACCCUUCUGGAAGUCAAUCAGCGCCAUCUACAUACACAAGAAAUCAGGAAAGUGUUUGGGAAGCUUUUCCUUCUGGGAAUGCUGAUGACAUUGAAACAAUUAGAGAUACUAAAACCCUGUAUGAUAAUAGUACAUUGUAUAAUGUUCCUGGUUUGAUAGCAAAUAAUAGUAGCAUGCCUCCAUUACCAGAAAAUGCGGCUGAAAUCGCACAACCACAAAGUAAACUUCCGAAUAGUACAGACAUAGAUGCCAAAAAAAUUCAAGCAAAUAAACCAAUACCUUUCACAGAUUUGAAUAAAAUUAUUCGAAGUGAAAGUACGCACAAAAUGAAACUUGAACAAUUAGCCUCGUAUCAAGAGGAAUUAAAAGAGUAUGAUUCAGGACUACAAGUCUGGAUUAACCACUCCUUAAAAUCAUCGAGUAACUCCGACACAAACUUCAUAUUUGAAGAAUAUAAAGUAAGUGAACAUGUUAAACAUGCAUAUGCUAAUACUGAUGAAAUUAGUCGUAAAAAUACUGUGAUUAAUACAGUUGAUACAGUAACUCAAAAUGUUAGUCAAUUAAGAAAGAAAGUAUUUUCUCAUUCAAUUAAAUCUAAAGGUUUGUUUGCAUCUAUCGGUAAAAAGAAGCUUUGA